AUGGUUUUAGCUGAGCUUGGCUCCCAGAUAAAUGGAGCCCUGAGGAAGCUCUAUUGUGCCACUGUUAUCGAUAAUACAAUUAUCGAUGAAGUUAUUAAGGAUAUCGUAAGGUCAUUGUUAAUGGCCGAUGUUAACGUUAAGUAUGUAAGACAACUUCAAGAUAAUGUCAAGAAGGCAAUUUACCAAGGCAAUGAAAUUGUUGGCGCAAAUAGGCGCAAACUUAUCCAAAAAACAAUAUUUUCAGAAAUAGUUAAUCUCAUGACCGCUAAAAAUGAGGCUUAUGUGCCAAAGAAAGGAAAGAGAAAUGUUAUAAUGUUUGUUGGAUUGCAGGGUGCAGGCAAAACAACUACGUGUACAAAAUAUGGCCAUUACUACCAACGAAAAGGCAUGACUGGCUUAAUUUGCGCUGAUACAUUCCGUGCUGGUGCUUUUGAUCAGUUAAAACAAAACGCUACUAAGGCUAAAAUUCCUUUUUAUGGAAGUUAUACUGAGGCCAACCCCGUAAAGGUGGCAAGGGAUGGCGUUGAUAAAUUUAAGAGUGAAAAAUAUGAUUUGAUAAUUGUUGACACAUCAGGGAGGCAUAAACAACAGGAAUCAUUGCUUGAGGAAAUGAAGCAAAUUGCUACUGCAGAACCUGAUGAUAUCGUAUUCGUAUUGGAUAGUCAUAUUGGACAGGCUUGCUACGAUCAAGCAUUAGCCUUUUGCAAGGCUGUAAACGUCGGAAGUGUCAUUAUCACAAAAUUAGACGGGCAUGCUAAAGGCGGCGGGGCAAUAUCUGCGGUUUCUGCCACAAAUUCACCCAUAAUCUUUAUUGGCACUGGAGAGCAUUUUGACGAUUUCGAACCCUUUGAUCCCCAAUCAUUCGUAUCUCGUCUACUAGGAUUUGGAGAUAUAAAUGGAUUGAUUAAUACGUUUAAGGAAGUGGUUGAGAAUAACGGCAAUAAUGAAUCUAUUGAAAGGAUAUCUAAGGGAAAAUUUAGUUUGAGAGACAUGUAUGACCAGUUUCAGAACGUAUUGAAGAUGGGUCCUAUGGGACAAGUCAUGUCAAUGAUACCCGGUAUAUCAUCUAAUAUUAUUGGAAAAGGCCAAGAGCAGGAGGGUGUGGCCAGGAUUAAGAGAUUCAUGGUUAUUAUGGAUUCUAUGACAGACGAAGAACUUGAUUGUGAAAAACAAAUAACAGACUCCAGAUCCAUGAGAAUCGCAAGAGGUUCUGGUUGUACUAUAUUUGAGAUUAAGGCACUUAUUGAGCAGCACAAGUUAUUGCACAAGAUGGUGGGAAAGAUGGGAAAGAUGGGUCUAAAUAAGGAAUCUGCCAUGCAAAGCGUGAUGAGGAAUCCGCAACAAAUAGUAUCAAGGAUGCAAAACAUGAUAGACCCUAGGCUGCUGAAACAAAUGGGGGGUGCGUCCAAUCUUGUAAAUAUAAUUAAGGAGUUCUCCCAAAGAGAAGAUUUGCAGGCCCUCAUGAAGCAGCAACGUAAGCGGUGA